UGUGUGAGUAACUUGACUCCAGGCCGGGACUUCCCAUUGGCUGUGAGUGAGGCAGGAGGUUGGAGCGGAGAGUUUCAUUCCUGCACUGAGCAGCAAGAGGAGCGGUUGUUGGAAUGGGUGGGAGAGACAAGUGUAAGGACAGCUUUCUGUGCCUGCCACUCACCUUCAUGUGAAGUCGCAUCCGAUCCUGCAGCGAGUGAAGCCCAAGUAACUUUACAAUGAUCUGCCAGGACCUGUGCUAGAUAUCCAUGGCAGCUGCUCAGACCUUCAGUGCGAACUGUGACCCUGUAAAUUUCCAUAAUCUUCAGUCUUACCCCUCUGAGUCUGUGACAUACAGUUGUAAAAUGGGAAAUGUAAGCAGCCUGAUGGAGAAGCAGGACUUCCCAAACGAAGGUUUUAACUUGGACUUUAGGCCAUUUCCUGAGCCCAGUUGCAAGAGGGGACUGCACCAGAAGGAGUUUCUGAGCUACUUGAACAUCACAAAGAAAGAAGGUAAAAAUAACAAAAAGUUCCCCUCUGGCCUGGGAUUCAGAAGAGAACAUAGCUUACAAGCAGAGGAGAAUGACUACCCUGUAUUCUAUCACAAAGAUCACCGGGGAACAGAGUUUAGCAAGUCAUCCCUCCCGGAGAGAGGCCACUCGGAUAAGUCUCGCUUUGGACCUUCUGCCUUGAAGUCAAAUGUAAAGGCCUUCAUGUCUAUUCAGAGCUUGCAUCAGUCUACCAACAAACUAUCCAAAAGCAAUGGCAGUCUGAACACACUGGGUUGCGUGGGCAGUCCGCCCUGCCGUGGUCCCUUACAGCCAAGCAAUAGUCACUCAAAUAAUCCGAGUGAAAGUGGAAAUGAUGAAGACGAUGACAGUCUGUCUGAUUCAAAACAAAACUCCAUCAAUAGUUUAAACUCUUACAGCCCCAGCUUCACUGUAGCAAGGGGACAAAUCAGUGCUUCCUUGGGACAUAUAAAUCACAUUGGAGGGUCGCUGGACCGUGCUUCACGAGGGCUCCGAGACACCAUGGCUGGUGAGAAAGGUACUCUCUCGUGCAGAAACAUGGCCACUCUGAGCCGUCUGCAGUGUUCAGGGGAGCCACCACCACCAUAUGAGUAUUCUGAAUCAGUAGAAGAUGUAGCGCGCCAACUGGAGAAGAGACUUCAAGAGAAAGGGAUGGAAGCGCAGCAGCUGAGGAGGAACGCAAGCGACAAUGACGAUCCUUUCACUCAGGUGUUUGAAGACAAGCGUCGGCUUUGGAUGGAAGAGCUGGAUGAGCUGAAACAGAUGUACAUGUCUAAGUUGCAACAGAUUUCCCAGCAGGCUCUACGCAGCCAAAGAGCCCUACAAUUGCAAUUAUACAAAGUGCAGCAGGAAAAGAAGCGUCUUCAGGAGGAGCUCAACUCCCUACAGGGCGAGAAUGAGGAGCUGAGACAAAAACAAUCCCAGUCAGAUAAUUCUGGCCCAAACUUAGAGGACUCAAAGUGGGAGAUUUCUCAGAAAGCUGGAGAGAUUUCUUUCCUUAAGCAACAGCUGAGAGACUCACAAGCAGAGAUCAAUCUUAAGCUUGGGGAAGUGGUCAGUCUGAAGGUUCAGCUUCGGGAGGCAAAAGCCCUAGUGAAGGAAAAAGAAAAGGAAUCUGCAGAACUCUCAGAUUGCCUCCAGGCUUUAGAAGAUGUCAAAAGUCAAACUCCAGUAGAUUUGCCAAGGGAUAGCUCAGACACUAUAGACGUAGAGCGCCUACGGGCAGAGCUAAUGCUUGAAAGGCGUCAGAAUGAAGCCCAGAUAUUAAUUUUUGAGACUGAACGAAAAGUCUGGAAGGAGGAAAAGGAUAAAGUGCUGAGGUACCAAAAGGAGAUACAAUCUAGUUACCUGGAGAUGUAUCAACGCAAUCAGGCUCUUGAGAGGCAGGUCCUAGAAUUAAGGCAGGGUGUGGGACAGUCUCUGAGUUCCCCUGCCAGCUGGAUGGAUACAGUGGAAACCUGAACAUGGAACUCCCAAAAAUGUUUCUCUAUCAUGGCAGAACUGCUAUUUGCAGGAGAUGAGACUCUGAUAUCCUCACACACAGAUAGUCAUGUUAAAACGUUGUGGUGGUGUAAUGUGGUAUCACUAGCAGUGAUAGGUGUGACCAUCACGUAAAUUCUGAAAUACACUUUCACUUGGUUCCCACAAAAUGUGUUGCCAAUUAACAAAAGAUCAGAGCUAGGAAUACCACUCCAAUAGGCCGAGUUGAAGAGAGAAUCAUGUUCUGUUACACCCAUGGAAUCAGCUUGUAAACAAAUUAAAUAUAUAUUAUUUUCACUGUAA